CGCUGAAUUCAUUUCAUUGUUUAUUUUCCAGUUUGGAAGCUCACCUGUCUCACCAGACUUUUUCCUCUGAAACAUUUUAAUACGUGAAUUUAAUGUCAAAAUCAUUCUAUUUAUUACUCAGGAAGUCACUCUAAAAAAGGAUUUCAAAGUCUGGUGGACAGAUUUGCUUCCAAACAUCUGGUUCAUGAACUCAAAUCAUACACAAUACGUUUCUGUGGCUCGUGGGAGAUAAGCUCAGUAAUACUUUCCUGGGAAUUCUGGGGGUACGGUCGUCUGGACCUGUUGCCCCUCAGCUUGGCCUCAGCCAAACAGUUCAAGAUAGGUUCAAGGGAGGAUCAGACGCUCGAUGAAGCCUGGAGGGUGGUUCAGCAACAACCAGUAGCGGAUGCUGCAUAAAGGAAGUGAAACCACGCACGCCUGUAUAGUGUCUCACUUGCUGUCAUGUUAGCGGAUGGCGUUUCACCCUACAUGAGCAUCAUGAACCGAACUUCCUGCUUUAACCUUAAUCAUAACUUCGAGUCCAGAGUGCUGCCCUCCAUCUACACGCUGGUUUUCUUGAUUGGAUUUCCUGCAAACAUUUGGGGGAUCAAGUCUCUUCUGCAGAAGUGGACCAAACUGGGGUGCGUCAAUGUCUUCAUCCUCAAUCUUGGACUCUCCAACCUUGUGUAUCUUCCCACUGUUCCGUUUUUGGUGGUCUACUACUUCAUGAAAAGCACGUGGAUCUUUGGAGACACCUUCUGCAAGAUGACCAGAUUCUGCUUCAACCUGAAUCUCUACGGCAGCAUUGGCUUCCUCACCUGCAUCAGUGUGUACCGCUACCUGGCCGUCAUCCAUCCCAUGAGGGUGUUAGGAAGACUGAGGGUUGCGCAUUCAAUCGCCAUCUCUGUCCUGGUCUGGCUGCUGGUGAGUGUCCAGAGUCUCCCUGACAUUACCUUCCCCAAGUCCUUGAAGAAGGAUAGAGAGACUUGCUAUCAUACCACCACUCAUGACAAAGUCCAUGACUACCUGGUCUACAGUGUUGGAUGGACACCGACCGGCUUCUGCCUUCCCUUCUGCAUCAUGUUGGGCUGCUAUGGGCACGUGAUCGCAUACCUGUGUCGUAGGAACACCAUCGAUAAGCUGGUGAGGCAGAGGGUUCUGACCAUGCUAGUCAUCACCGUCGUCCUUUUCUCCGUGUGCUAUAUUCCUCAUCACCUCUACAAGAACUUGGCCCUCCAGUCCAGAAUUUUGACACUGAACACAACGUGCCUGGACUCCGGCUGGUUCAACGGAGUGUACGUUGGAAACCAGAUCAGUCGUGGGCUGGUGUGUCUGAACUUGGCCAUCAAUCCUCUGGUUUACCUUCACACACACCAGGGGAUCCUGAAGAAGAUUCGCCAGCGCCUCCGCCAAGCUGCUCAGCAUCUCUGUUGCUGUGCUGAAUCGCGUGGCACUCUUCAAAAGCUGUUCGAUUGACCUGACCAAUAAUUCUGUUUACAUGUUUUUGUCUCACAAACAAUUUCAUUUCAACUGUUACU